AUGGAGUUUCACUCCAUGUCAGAGCAAUGGGAGCUCGGAGGCAGCCCAAAGUUCCUCAACACUCAUGUCAUUCUCCGUGAUGCAUCCAACUACUAUUCAGCCCAGGUCCCCGAGCGCAUCACACAUCCAGUGGAUAUGCCCAGUAUAUCCAACCACCCCAGCCUCAAGAAGAUCCUCCCAGAGCACAUCUUCCCCAAGACGGAAAGCGAUUUUACCAUAUGUCCUAAUCCCGAGAAUCCGAGCGUUUUCACAAAACGCCCCCGACUCACCGGCUAUGAUGGUUCAGCAUGCCUCAGCCUUUGGGUACUUCGAGAAGCGCAAAUCUGCGAAUUGCUAUUCGAUACUACGCAUGAGAACGUCGCUCGUUAUCUUGGUUGUACCGUAGAGAACGGUCGCAUUACCGGACUCUGCUUCGAAAGAUAUGAAGAGACGCUUGAAGAUCGCAUUGCAGAUGGUCGCUGGGUUGAUAGAGAAAAUUGUCUCCGACAAAUCGAGGCUGGUUUAGAGCACCUUCAUAGCUUUGGUGUUGUCCACAACGAUAUGCGAUUGGAUAAUGUGAUGUUCAAGGAUCGCCAUGAGGAUGUUCCGGUCAUCAUUGACUUUGAUUCUUGCGCCAUGGAGGGUUGUCCCCUUCCAGAUAAGCGGCGUCUACUCCCUGAUGGUUAUUGCACUGCGGAAUUUCGAAAUGAUCGUUUCGGGCUGGAUAAGCUCCGGGAAGAACUUGGGAUGGGAGGCCAUUGUAAUGAUUUUAUUGAUCAGUGA